GAGUGCGCUCUGCUAGGAGAGCGAGGCAAGCGUCGCAAAAGCGCGACGGCAGAAGGGAAAGGCACUGGUGGACGAGUAAAAUUCAGGACGACUCACAUAUUCUUAUUGUAUGGCCCCUCUAUCAUCCAUGAUGAAUUCUUUUCAAGGGCCACUCUCCCAAGAAGGAAAACUACAGGAACGCAAAAGUGCGGACAAAGAGGAGGUUCAAACCAACGAUAAAGCGACUGUCAAAGGAUGUAAAAGCAAGGCGCUGAGUCUUCCGUUCAGUGUGGAAUCUUUAAUAUCAGACAGAACAAGCACUCGGACUUUAUACACGUCAUCUGAAUCUGGUAUUAUAUCUCCGACAUCCGGUGCAGAUGAGCGGCUGAGGCUCUCGCCCAUGUCUCUUUACGCAGAUAGAAAGAUCCCAGUGGAGAGCGUCUCCAACCUAUCCGACUGCAAGAGAGGAGAUAUGGAAGAACUAAAUGACAAGGGACAGUCCGGCUGGUUUCAGACACCUUCGUACAGUUCUCCGCCAAGGCACUCAAGUCCACCUCCGUGUACCCUCAGAAAGCAUAAGAACAACCGAAAACCGCGGACACCGUUCACCACCUCGCAGCUGCUCGCUUUGGAGAGAAAAUUUCGUCAAAAACAGUAUCUUUCUAUUGCAGAGAGGGCGGAAUUUUCCAAUUCACUCAACCUCACAGAGACUCAAGUUAAAAUCUGGUUUCAAAACAGACGGGCGAAGGCAAAAAGACUUCAAGAGGCCGAACUAGAGAAACUGAAACUUGCAACCAAGCCAUUAUUACCUGCGUUCGCCUUUCCGUUCCCACUCGGAACACAUGUUGGUUCUCCACCCCUCUACGGACCGUCCAGUUCCUUUCCUAGACCUGCGUUACCAGUCCCGGGACUUUUCGGUGGGCCAGUGACCUACGGAAUGUACUAUUUGUCUUAACCGACUUAACAACGUCCUUCAAUUCACCGUCUAAAGCUGCUGCGGUUCUGCCAGUCAAAAGACGAGUGAAAUAGCAAAAAUGCUUUCUUUAAAGAACUUCAGCAAAUAUACCAAUUUAAAAAAAUAUAUUCUUGUGACCUACACAGUUUAUUCCAAAAGUGAGAGUCCCCAAAUUGGCUUUAAAAGUGCAAUGAAUUUUCCCCUGCAUACAGAAGACUUUAUCUUAUAUUAGAAGUAAGCAGACAUAACACAAUGUGGCUGAUUGUCUUAGUCUCAGAGAAAACAAUUUCCAAGAGAUUAUUUCUACUUAGGGCACAGCCGAUUUGGCAAGUACCACUUGUUGAUCAGCAUCACUUGUUGACGCGUGAUGCGCGAGCAAACACCUAGUGCUCUGAAGUGUACAUGGUCUGCGCCAGUUCCAGCAAAGCUCUUAGAUUAAAUAAAUUCCCUUAUAAUUAUUACUAAGGUUUUUUUUUCUAACUUAAAGAGCUUGUUGCGAUUGACAGCAGAAACUUAUAGUAAAAAACAAAAAACAUUUUAUUUCAACUGUUUUAUGACAUUGCUACUUUCCGAUCUAAAUGGAUAGUCAACGUGAGCCCUUUUAAAAAAUGAAUAUGUAUUUUUCACGCAAACCAAAUAUUUUGUAGCAUAUUACAAAGAUUGUACCCAGAUAGCUACAAUUUGCGAAACGUAGGCCUACUGCCAAUAGGUCCGCUGUACUUCUUUUUUAUCCCAUUAAUUUGACAGGCUACCCGGUUUUAUGUUCACAUACGAUCCUUGUUAUUCUUUUGGUGUUUAUUGAAGAGAAAGAUGCGGAGACAUCGUCCAUUAUACCAUAUUUUUACUGAACUUUUCCUACCAAACGUUUUUACAUGCCGUUGGAUACAGAGGAUUUUGGCCUGUUUAUGAUUUUUUGCCUGUUUAGCCAUAAUCCCUUCAGUAGACAUGUAUGCUAGUUUGCUAGGUUGUAAGAUUAAUGUCUAGAUUUUUAUUAUUGUAAAUACACGUAUAUAUUACAGAUUUUGCAUUCCCCUUUUGAAAAAAAUACAAAUAGGAUUGCUGAUAUUUAUACAGUGUUUACAUUUAUCUUCUGUAAAUUAUUGUAUAUUUUAUGUGUAUAUACAAAUUAGAAAAAUAAUCUUUUGCAUUAAAAAAUAAAUCUUCACUCAGA